ACACACACACACACACACACACGGUGACAGUCACACUGUUACACCUGGUACAACUGCUGCACAGUUACAGGGUCACACUCACCCGCACACUCACAUCAUUACACCUCAUUACACACUCACAGUUACACACCCCAUUACGGUCACACAGUUACAUACUCACAGUGACACACACCCUGUUACAGUCACACUUACACACACGCAGUGGCACACGCUAAAAUCCUGUUGUGACCAUUACACGGGGGUUGCGGGGUCACACACACCCCACAGCGCACUCACACGAUUAUACCCUAUUUCACACCCUAUUUCACGCCCAUUACGGCCGUUACGCGCUUACAGGGUCACAGCCCCGCCGCUGCACGCUCGCAGUGACACAGUCACGCGGUUACACGCGCACCUCACACCCCGCCGGGUCCGUUACGCCGUUACACGUCGUCCCCCCCCUCGCCGUGACGCCGCACUUCGGGCCGAGAUGGCGUCGCCACCGCCCGGAACCGCGGGACCAGGAGCGGCGCGGGGGGUGGGGACGGACGAGCCGUCCCUGCACCUGUCCGGAGAACGGUACCUGCGGGAGCGGCCGGAGGUGGCGAUGCUGCUGCGGGGGCUACUGCGGGAGGUGAUGCUGCGACGGCCCCACAACGUCCUGGAGUUCGCUGCAGAGUACUUCACAGACCCGGAGCUGCCACGAAGGAUUCAGGAUCAGUUGGGGACACUACAGCAGCCACAGUGAUGGUGACAUGUGUCCCUCUGCGACAGCGGUGACAAGAACCUGGUGCUCAUGCCCCUGUGUGUCCCGCAGCUGAGCUGGGGGUGCAGGGGCUCCGGUGAGGUCAGUGGGGCUGAGCACUUACCUGGGGCUGUGUAUGGGGUGGCCGAGCCCUGUAGGGCCCUAAAACCCUGACCCUGACUGCAUUCCAAACCCUACUGCCCUCUUGGGUUGUCCCCCCCCACCCCCCUAAAACUGCUCCCCUUUGGGGUCGGCUCCCAAAA